GGGGUUCGCCUCUCAUUUGGGAGGCAGGAAGCACGCCAGGGCCGGAAGCAAAGCCUGCCGCACCAAGCGCCAUAUCAGCCCUUCGCGCAUCGGGGGACCGGCGCGCUUUUCUGGCGAACUCCACCGGGGAAGGUGCAACUAUACACGUGGGCGCUGGAGAGCGGCCCUGACGUUUCCCGCAAGAUCAUGCAGGUCCGAGCCCUGGUGCGCCGGUGGUCCACAUUUCUCAGGGUAGGAGCCGUGUCCGCUAUUUGCUUGCUCGUUGUGCUGCGAGGAAGGUCCACGCUGCGCGUCCUGGCCUGCCUGCAGCCUGGUGGUCGCCCCUGGUCCUUCAAAGUCUCCGAGACGCCGUUGGAGGCUCCGCCGACGGUGUACGUGGUCACACCCACGUACCGGCGCCCCACACAGGCACCGGACCUGCUCCGGGUCUCGCAGAGUCUCAUGCUCUCCACCAACGUCUUCUGGGUCGUCGUCGAGGACGCCACCAGGCGCUCCGAGCUGGUGGCCUCGAUCGUCGCGGGGUCCGGCCUGCCGAGCGUGCACUUGCUGGGCCCCUGUCCCAAAGAGCACCGCAAGCCUUCUUCCGGACGAGGCGCCGCGGGCCGCCGCAGAGCGCUGCAGUGGCUGCGCCAGAACGCCUCGCUCCCGGGGGUGCUUUACUUCGCCGACGACGACAACACCUACGACUUCCGGCUCUUCGACGAGAUCCGGUGGGUCCGGAAGGUGGGCGUGCUCCCCGUAGGACUGGUGGGCCGGUUCGGCGUGAGCAGCCCCGUGGUGGUGGCAGGACGCGUGGUGGGCUUCCACGACUCGUUCGACUCGGGACGGACCUUCCCUGUCGACAUGGCGGGCUUCGCGGUCAACCUGCGGCUGGUGCUGGACGGCCAGCCGGACAUGCCCUACGUGCUCGGGAUGCAGGAAACUCGCUUCCUCGAGAGCCUCAACGUCACUACCGCCCAGCUGGAACCGCUGGCGCGGAACUGCACUCAGGUUCUGGUGUGGCACACGAAAUCGGUGCCUUCAGUCUUCCCCAAACCCGGGCAUGUUAAAGAUAAAUUUCAUCGACAGAACACAAACUUGCAGCGGUUACUAAAAUCUAUGUUAUCAUAA